AUGUCUGCCUCCUCUAAGCGAUCUGGCCGGAUCGGAACGACCAAGUCAAAAACGGGUUGUCAUACCUGCAAGUCUGUAUUCCAUCGCAAGAAUUCUACAGUUUUACACCCAAGCGAACAUGCAUCUGAUAACUUCACAACAGAAUCCGACGAGUUCGAUGUGGAGAAGAAAAGCCGCACUGCUUACGGCGCAUCGCCUCGGUCAGCCCCCACAGAGCCAUUCAAUGUCCUCGCUCCGCCUUUGGGUCGUCUUUCCACACAUCUGAAUAUCUCAUGUCCUCCAUGGGGUGAACAGCAGGCAGGAUGGAGAGAAAGACGUGCGUUUGAGUUCUACUUCCAUCGCGCAAGCCCACUAAUGUCUGGCGAACUCGACCUUACUUUUUGGAGAGGCUGCGUCCUGCAGACAUGUCGCAUGGAGCCUGCGGUAUGGGAUGCAAUCAUAUCACUCAGCACGCUAUACGAGCGUCCACCUCUUCAUGAAACGCCGCCAUUUCGGCUCAUUAAUGCCCCAGCAGUAGUGCGAAGUCAAACCCAUCGAGAGGCACUGGUUUGGUAUUCACGCUCCCUGUCAGCCUUACAGCAGCGAAUCAACCAAGGGACUGCAAAUCUUGACGUCUGUCUCAUCAGCUGUAUCUUGUUUAUCGCGAUCGAGCUUCUCCAAGGCAAUCGAAAAGCGGCUGUGGGAUUGUACAACCAGGGAGCUCAGCUGAUCAUCAGCGCCGACCGCGGGCCCUGGAUCGCUUCUCUCGGGCCAAUUUUCCGUCGGCUGGGCACGUGGGUAUUCAUUCAUGAUGGGUCUAAAAGCGAGGACUGGGGCCUCGAUAUGGCCUCUCCUAGAAGCUGUUUUGUGUCCAUAGAUGAAGCCAGAAACGUGCUCUGUGCAAUUGUUGCUGAAAUGAAGACCUUGGGUAAUGCUACUAAAUUACAUUGGAAGCAAGCGGCGUCAAAUCGCAAGCAUGAGGCAUCGGUGCUCCAGGCUAAACGAGAUCACCUCAGGCGGGAACUUGGCCACUGGCACGACCUUUUCAUAUCUUUCAAGUCAUCAAAUACACAUGAAUCUCAGGACACCGCUGGCAGCGUCGGUGGUGCAAGCGCCCAUCUUCUUAUGACCUACACCAGUGUUUUUAUCGAAAUUGAAACCAUCCUCAGCACCGAUCAAGCUGCAUAUGAUGGAUAUGAGCUUGAAUUCAGAAGAAUCCUCGAAUAUGCAUCCACCGCCACCGCCGCGACCCGCAGCCCAGAUGGCACACAGCCACCAUUCAUGUUCGAAAUGGGAGUUUUUCUCCCACUAUUUAUCACGGCACUCAAAUGUCGAUACCCUCAACUACGUCGUCACGCUCUCCAGCUCAUGAUGGACGAAAUCCCGCCAGCGCAAGGGCUGUUUAUGUGUGGACCUGCCGCUCAUGUGGUCGCAGCUAUUGUGGCCCUGGAGGAGAAUCCAAGUAUGGCAUGGGAUGGGCCGUUGGAAAUCUGCCGGUUUCUCAAGGAGCCAGGAUGCAUCCCUGCUUCACAGAAUCGUGUUUGGGACUUUGGUGUGUCGUCAGAUAUGAAUAAUAAAGGGGAGACGCAGAAUUGGCUGCAUUACAGCCUUCGAGACUUUGAGGAUGACGAUGAGGGGCGGAUUCGAUUCACGCAACGGAGUAUACUGUUCCUGGGGCUCAAUGCCCCUUUAUAUGAAUCAUGA